UGUUGCUAUGGCAAUGAAAUUCUGGGAGUCAUUAGGGAAAAAGUAGCUAGUGGCUCAUACUUGCCUUGUCUCUCCGCUGAACCUCGGAGCUUGCCGUUUGGCUGGGGUGCCUGGCCAAUAAGCCCCAGGGAGUCUCUUGUGGCCGCUAAAGCCAUGCCGCUCUUGAAAGACACCAUGACCCUUGUGAAGGAGACGCAGCAGCUGCCUGUGGUCCCACUGUCAUGGUUCCUCCCGAGCCUGUUUGCUGCCUUCAAUGUAAUGCUGCUGGUCUUUCUGAGUGGCCUUUUCUUCGGGUUCCCUUGUAGGUGGCUGGCUCAGAACGGAGAGUGGGCCUUUCCCGUGGUCACGGGCCCACUCUUCAUCCUCACCUUCUACAGUCUCGUUUCGCUCAACUUCUCAGAUCCUGGUAUCUUACACCGAGGUUCCAUCAAUGAGGACCCCAUGACGGUGCACGUGGUGAGUGUGAACCAAGGGGCCUUCCGCCUGCAAUGGUGCCCUAAGUGCUGCUUUCAUCGCCCACCCCGGACCUGCCACUGCCCCUGGUGCAACAUUUGUGUGGAGGAUUUUGAUCAUCAUUGCAAGUGGGUUAAUAACUGCAUCGGUCACCGCAACUUCCGCCUCUUCAUGCUGCUGGUCAUGUCCCUCUGCCUCUACUCAGGCGCCCUGCUGGUCACCUGCCUGAUGUUCCUAAUUCGCACAAGCCAUCUGCCCUUCUCCGUGGACAAGGUUAUGGCCAUCCUCGUGGCUGUGCCCGCUGCGGGCUUCCUGAUUCCGCUCGUCUUGCUGCUGCUGAUCCAGGCCGUAUCUGUGAGCUCGGCGGAGCGCUCCUGCGAGAGCAAGUGCAGGCACCAUCAAGAAUACAAUCCCUUUGACCAGGGCUUCUCCAGGAACUGGUAUCUAACUAUGUGUGCACCACUGGGUCCCAAGUACAUGUCUGAAGUUAUCUGUCUGCAAAGACCAGUGGGGACAGGAUGGGCCCAUGAGAAGACACAGCCCUCACCACCGUGUCCUCCUGGUCCCCCUGGGCUGCAGCCCCAACCUUCGAACACAUCAGGGAAGGGACCCCCUGGAAGUGGUGAGGCUGCCAUUGUUCUCCGGGAGAUCGAUGCCAGCCCGCGGCUGUCUUUGCUGUCAGAGACCCCUAGACGAGGCUCGCCUGGGCGCACACAGAGCCUGGACCACCUGAACCUAUGCCUCCCCGUCUGAACCACCUGAACCUAUGCCUCCCCGUCUGAACCACCUGAACCUAUGCCUCCCCGUCUGAAUCCUCGUGGUCCACUUGGGCCCAGGCCCGGUUGUUUCAUUGGUGGGAGCACUGGCACUCACCAAUCCUCAUUAAAUGUUGAUUGUUGGUUUCUGA